UUGGAGAAUUCUGGAGAUCCAUUCUUCGACUUCGGCAACGCCCAGCACCUCACCUACUGGGAAUGUCUGUACUUUUUAAUGGUCACCAUGUCCACAGUGGGCUUUGGCGACAUCUUUGCCACCACUGUCCUUGGGAGAACCUUUGUGGUCAUCUUCAUCAUGAUAUUCAUCGGUCUGUUUGCCAGCUUCAUCCCUGAGAUUGCUGAAAUUCUUGGUAAACGCCAGAAAUAUGGCGGAUCCUACAAAAAGGAAAGAGGCAAACGGCAUGUUGUGGUAUGUGGGUACAUCACCUUCGACUCUGUAUCCAACUUCCUGAAAGAUUUUCUCCACAAAGAUAGAGAAGAUGUGGAUGUAGAGAUUGUUUUUUUACACAAAGGGUUACCCGGCCUGGAGCUGGAAGGGUUGUUGAAGAGACAUUUCACCCAGGUGGAAUAUUUCUGGGGUUCUGUCAUGGAUGCAAAUGAUUUGGAAAGGGUCAAAAUCCAAGAAGCAGACGCCUGCCUAGUGCUUGCAAAUAAGUACUGUCAGGAUCCCGAUCAAGAGGAUGCUGCCAACAUCAUGCGAGUCAUCUCCAUCAAGAAUUACCAUAGUGAUAUUAAAGUGAUCGUCCAGUUGCUACAAUAUCAUAACAAGGCCUAUUUGCUGAACAUUCCCAGCUGGGACUGGAAGAGAGGAGACGAUGCUGUAUGUGUGGCGGAACUCAAACUUGGUUUCAUUGCCCAAAGCUGUUUGGCCCCCGGCUUCUCCACUCUGAUGGCAAACUUGUUCACCAUGCGCUCAUACAAACCAACGCCUGAGAUGUCACAGUGGCAGACUGAUUAUAUGCGAGGGACUGGCAUGGAAAUGUACACUGAGUAUUUGUCGAGUGCCUUUAACGCCCUCACCUUCCCAGAGGCUGCAGAGUUGUGUUUCUCCAAGUUGAAGUUGCUGCUCUUGGCUAUAGAGGUACGUCAGGAAGACACAAGGGAGAGCACCCUAGCCAUCAACCCCGGCCCAAAAGUGAAGAUUGAGAAUGCCACCCAAGGCUUCUUCAUCGCGGAGUCUGCGGAGGAGGUCAAAAGAGCAUUUUACUAUUGCAAGAACUGCCACGCCAAUGUUUCUGAUGUGAGACAGAUCAAAAAGUGCAAGUGCAGACCCCUGGCAAUGUUCAAGAAAGGAGCAGCAGCGGUUUUAGCCUUGCAGAGAACUCCAGGCCUGGCCGUAGAGCCUGAUGGAGAAGCAAAUGAUAAGGACAAGUCGCGGGGAACUUCGACAUCCAAAGCUGUUACUUCAUUCCCUCACCGACUAGCCACAAGCCUCAUGUCCCCAAUAAUGAGCCAUCUGCCGUCGACCACUCUCAAGUCCAAAUCUCCCUCGGAGGAUUCGGUUCCACCACCACCUCCGCCAGUGGACGAGCCUCGCAAGUUUGACUCAACUGGAAUGUUCCACUGGUGCCCGGAUAGACCUCUCAAUGACUGCUUGCAGGAUCGUAGCCAAGCAUCUGCCAGCGGCCUGCGUAACCAUGUGGUUGUGUGUCUUUUUGCCGAUGCUGCCUCUCCUCUGAUUGGUUUGAGGAAUUUGGUGAUGCCACUGCGGGCCAGCAACUUCCACUACCAUGAGCUGAAGCCCACUAUCAUCGUGGGCAACUUGGACUAUCUCCACAGGGAGUGGAAGACUCUGCAGAACUUUCCAAAACUCUCCAUCCUACCAGGCUCUCCUCUGAAUCGUGCCAACUUGCGGGCUGUGAACAUCAACUUGUGUGAUAUGUGUGUCAUUGUGUCAGCCAAAGAUCGCAAUAUGGAAGACCCCAACUUGGUGGAUAAAGAAGCCAUUCUGUGCUCUCUUAACAUCAAGGCUAUGACCUUCGACGACACCAUGGGCCUCAUUCAGUCUUCAAAUUUCGUCCCGGGAGGCUUCUCACCUCUGCAUGAGAACAAGAGAUCUCAAGCCGGUGCUAAUGUUCCUUUGAUCACUGAGCUGGCAAAUGAUUCUAAUGUUCAGUUCCUGGAUCAAGAUGAUGAUGAUGACCCAGACACAGAGCUGUACAUGACCCAGCCGUUUGCCUGUGGCACCGCCUUCGCUGUCAGUGUCCUCGACUCGCUUAUGAGCACGAGUUACUUCAAUGACAAUGCACUGACGUUGAUCCGCACUCUGAUCACUGGUGGUGCCACCCCAGAGCUGGAACAGAUUCUGGCUGAAGGGGCAGGCAUGAGGGGAGGCUACUGCUCUCCAGCUGUCCUCGCUAACCGGGACAGAUGUCGGGUGGCACAGAUAUCCCUGUUUGAUGGACCCUUGGCACAAUUUGGGCAAGGAGGCCAUUAUGGAGAACUGUUUGUGUACGCCCUGAGGCACUUUGGCAUCUUAUGCAUAGGACUGUACAGGUUCAGAGACACCAACGAAUCCGUACGGAGCCCAUCUUCCAAACGUUAUGUCAUCACCAACCCCCCAGAAGAUUUCCCAUUGUUACCCACAGAUCAGGCUUUUUGUCUCCAGCCUUUCAACUUCAAUGACAUAAUGAGGAAAGUGAAACGACGCCCCAAGAGUAGUCAGCGCAGUGGUGAACCUGCCGAGAUAGACGCCUAGCCGCUGUAGCCUAUAGCUUCAGGAGGACAUGAACCUUUUGUAGAUUCCCCUUUCACUUUGCCCUGUUUUGCGUGGGUGGUUGCUGGACACUCCGGUGUGGUCUGCUACUUGUACUUCAUUUUAGUGUUUCCAUUGUCCUAUUCUGUUUGUGGUAAACAGCGGCCAGUUUUGUGCAAACUGACUGCUAUGAACAAAUCAACUGGCCCUUUCUGUAUGUAUCCCUUUCAUCAGAGACGAAGCCCUCAUCCAUCAUGCAUUGUACAGUGAUCAUGAUACAUUGUGUACAUUCAUAUCUGCCAUUUUGAUGACGGUUGUUUUUAACAAAGUCUUUAUUUGAUAAUAUUGGCAGUUAGCAUUUACCCUAGAAUUGCUUAUUUGCCAAUGUACAAAAUUCAGUCCUGUUCAGUGCCCAGAAAAUUGCAAUCUGAGCCAUAUGGACCAUAUAAAUAUAAAUUUUUUUCCUUUGUCUCUUUACUAUGGUGAAGACUUUUAAAUGUCUACUGUAAAAGAAAAACAUCUUAUCACUGAUGCCACCAAAAACUCUCGCCUUAACUCAUAUGGCCAAUAAUGAAACCCACAAUGAUUGAAAGCCAGCGUUGGCAUUGAAUGAGAAAGUCUGUAUUUCAUACCAGCAAAAAUGAACAACUUUUAGGGUGAAUGUUUACCUGCCAAUGUUAGUAAAUAUGGGCAGCCUUUUUUAUUAUGCUGUGUAAAAGUCAGAAAGUUGCACCAGUUAGAUAGAAAAUAAAAAUGAAGUUCUGAUGAUAUGUACUGAUGUAUGCUGUGCAGCUGUGGAUUUAUGCAUUUUUACAAUCGUGGAACAUUCUGUUAUUUUGAGUGUAGAAUCUCUUUGUGUCCUCUUGGACGAAGUAUACAUAAUCUGUAUGUGUAAGAGGGAUGUUGUUGAAAAAUAUAACUGAGUAAAUGGCUUUGUAAGCUUGUUCCAUGAUUUGUAAAUGUCUGGUUCAUAGCAUUAAUGGAAUGAGUUGAAUCAUUUCCUCUCUUUUGAUUAGAAAAGUAUGGUGGCUACUUGUUUGUGGAAGUUGUGGUAUAUAUUUUUUAAUCCAUACAUUGUUGUAUCUGGAGAUAAAUCUUGGUAUUGCACAGGCCCUGUGUUAUACAGUCCCUAUAGAUAUGAUACCACUUACACUUUUUAUCUCUGGGGUUGUGGUUUGGUACCUUACAGAUAUUUUACUCUGAUGGAAGCCGAAUGUCUUUUAUCGUUUUUAAAAUAAAUUAUGAUUUAUUAUUAUCAUAUUGUUCUUCUUCUUGUGAGACAUGUUACUAUUCACAUCCUCAAGAAGAAAGUGUUGGAAUGAUACUCCUUUUUCUUUUGGUCUUUCAGUUCCCUGUCAGUCUGUGCUCUCUGUCUGUCAUUUGAGUGUAGGUGACUGAUUGCUGCUCAGAUCAUGUGGUCUGCUCCUCUUUCGUUUGAGUGUGCUAUUUCAGUAUUUUUUUCUGUUUCUGACUGGAUGAGUCAGUUGUCAUGCUGACUGAUGGUGGGUUGAGUCUCGUCAGGUACCAGCCAUCCAAGUACUAAAUCUUUUUGUCACUGUAAGAAAACUUGAUUCACAAAAAAGCUUUUCAUACGCCGAGGAACUGGAGCUGCCUGACUGGGACCUACAUGGAGUUCAUCUCAAGCACCCCACAGGUGCCUUGUGGGUACUAUUGUGUGGUCUGUCUCUUUUAUUUCUUUUCAGUGUUACUGUUGUCCUAAUCUACUUCUUCUGAAGAAAGGCAGGGACACGUUGACUUGUCUUUUACUACAACAACAGCUGGCUCUGAAAAAGUGCUGAAUAAAUCUGCCACUACCUACAGACCUGACCUCGUGUUUUUGUGAAUAUUUGUUCUCCACACUUUUAGGAUUUGUAGUCUCCCGAUGCCUCAUGAGGUUGCCAGCAAGACAUCGUGAAUAUGUUUCAGUGGACUACAUGGUGUUUUAGUGUGAAAAUAUAACCACACAUAUGUUCGCAAUUGCUAACUGAACAUUUGUAGGUUCUCUCUGUCUGUGCUACAUAUAUUAAACCAGUAGGAGCUGGGUUACUUGUGUGCUCAUGAUGACUUAUUAUGUUUUAUCAAAAAAACAAAUAAGCUGUAUUAACCUCUUUUUUGGAAACCACUGUUAGCUAAGGUCUUCAGAGAAUUGUUGUUAAGAUCCGUUUUCUUACUUUCACAAAACCAAAAUAUCUGAAUUUCACUUUAAAAUUCUACUGGGAAACCCUUGUCUUAACAUUGCUCUUUUCCUUUGUGUGUAUUGAAAAUUGCUUUUGGAAAACAGUGCAUGUACCUUUCUUGAUGAUUGUUGAUGGGUUGCAUAUUUUGUAUUGGUACUGGUGAAGCUACUGUUGGUUGAGGACCGAUAUGUUGACAUUUGUACAUGAAAGAUGAGUGAUAAGCGUUGUCUAUUUCUGAUCUAUAAUUUCAGCUGAUUCAGUCUCCCCCCUUUUUUGAGUUCAGUGGUCUGUGUGAUAGUUCUCUGUUGUCUUAUUUCAUUAGACGCUUCAGAACAUGUAACUAUUUCUCUCUUACGGAGGGCGGUCUUGAAUCUUCUGUAGUGUUAUACUGUCUUAUUGUAUGCCCCCCUGCAUAUGAUCACAAUUUGAUCGCAAAUUUCACCUUUUUCUUUGAGUGUUGUGCAGAGACAGUGAAGUACAAAUUCCUUUUUUAUCUAGACUUUCGCUUUAGAAGCUCAUCCUGAAUUGUAUCUUGUCGUUUUUCAUUAAUGUUAGUUUCAGAUUUGUGGACCUACUACAUUGUUGUCUUGAGGCUGAGGCCUCGAGGCAUAUUCCUUAUUAACACUUUGAUGUCCCUUCACUUCAAGGACCAUGUGUCCAGUCUAUCUGUGUUGGAAGGUUCCAGCUCCUGUACUGACCUUAGCCCCUUUGCUCCUUUUGUCAUAUUUGUGGGACACUUUCAUUAGUGUACUGAAAUUAUUUAGAUCAAAACAAGUACAUUUUUGUUGAAACAUUUUUGUAUAAAAGAUUUAGAUUCUUUAUAUAGUAAUAUUUAUCAAGUUACUUUUCCAUAAUGAAACGCUUGCUUGUAGAUAGAUAACAUCAGUUUUUUUGUAAAAACAACUGGUUAUUUUUCCUUUGUGUUUUGUCCUUGACUUUUGCGAUUCCACUUUCGCCUGCUCCUCCAAAUUUCAUGUUUUUGUAAUAUAUGUCCCAUAAUUUUGUGCUACUGUACUGAGCGAUUAUCUGAAGGUUCAUCCUCUCCCAAUUUUUUUCCAUUACAUACUAGGUUUACCUGAUUCUGUUGUUUUCCUACUACAUGUGAUGUCAGAGAUAUAUAGCCAGCAGCUGAACUAUCUUCUCGUCUUUGUGCAUUGAGAGUUGUGUUUAUAUAAUAUCUGAUGGCUAAAAGAUUCUCUAUUAUUGGAAUGAGAGAAGCUUGGGUGGGUGAACGUAUGGAUGUAGUAUUGGAUUGAAUGGUUGGGUGAGGCUUAUUGACAUAAGAGGGGUUAUGUUUGGGAAAAAAGGUCGUGACGUGGAGAUUUUUUUUUUUGAAUGAAUGAAAGGCAAAAAUGAAGAAAAUGGUGCUAUCGUGUACAAAAUGAUGAAAAACUGUGUUUGAAUUACUGAAAAUUGUUGAUAUAAGCUAGGAGUUGGGAGUGAUGGCUGGUGUUGCCUUUGUGUAUGGAUUUGCUGCAGACUGCCACUCGGCAAGCUGUGUUAUUGGUGGUGAAGUGAUGUUGAAUGAGCCAGAUAUAGGGCAUAGUGUUGAGUUGAGAUAGGUCCAGCUACAAACAAUUCUUACAAAUGUUACGUUUGCUUUAUAUCGACUGCUCCCCCACUUUUGUGCUCUCUUCUUGUUUUGUCUCCACAAACCUCCAUUGUCAAAACUGCUUCAAAUGAUAAAUCGGAUACUUUUGAAACUACACAUUGAACUUCAAUUGUUUAUCCUUUUCCUGUUCGUGUAAUGAUCUGUAAGGGAUGAAGGUUAGUGAGAGGGAUUGUUCUGCCUGGCUCCACCCUUGCUGGCUUAUCUUAUAGCUGGAGCAGGCAGAAGUUGUGAUCUCUGCUUCCUCCACUUUUUUCUGAGAAAAUGUUGUACAAUGUCAGGUCAGAGCAGUAACCAUAUAACCAUUUUCCGUCUCUUAUGGAAACAUAACUGUGGAUAUAAACUGAUGAGUGCAGUUUUAUAAACCCCUGAUAAUGAUCUGGUCCCAUUCUGCUAUAAAUAUCCUGUAUAGUUCAGCUUUGCCGUCCUGUGCUCAGCUUCUAGCAUUUAUGAAGAUACAUUAUCAAAUUCUUAAGUCCCUUUUUUGACCGCUGCUGCAGUUUUUAAAAACUGUUUACCCAACAGUUUUGUCUAUCAGCCUCAGACCAUAAAGUAAGAUUUGUUUGCUCAAGUGAAUUGUCCUGUUGUAACCCUUACCUGGGGUCUCUUUUUGUUACCAAAUGUCUCUGAUUGUCCUGUUACUUGUAGAUCUAUUGAGUUUAUAGAGUGAGUGUGUCAUGUGACGGCCCAACAUUAUGUCUUAUCCUAAAGACCUUUAUUUUAUUUUUUUUCUGUGCUGGACUAUUUUUAUCUGAUUCUGAUCACAGAUAAUCUGGGUAGAACUUUCUGAAUGCUGCAUGCUUCCCUGGUGGCCAAAGUUAAAUCAUAUUGCAGCCAGUUUACAGUGUAAGGUGAGACAAAGAAAGUUCCUUCUAAUAGAAAAGAUUGAAAAGACAGGAUCCUUAUGGUUUGCAUUAGGUGACUUUUCUUUUGCAAAAAAUGCUGUAAACUCCAGCUCAAUGAACGUUGCUUGUGGCCCUGUUUUGGGUUUGUUUGUUGUCAUUGAUUUUAACAGAAUUUUUUAGUGCUAUGAAGAAAAAAGUUUCUUAAAGUUUGUAGCAUCUUGUCAUUGUCUUCUGUAAGAUCACAUUGCCAAAACAUGUUUUCAUAUUUUGCCAUGACUGCACAAAUGAACUUGAAAGAAUGAUAAAAUAGAACAAAGACUGUCACUGUUUCCUGUUCUGAGUUCACACCCCCUCCUGCCCCCCCCCCUUUUUUUUUAAAUAACAUUUUGCUUUGACAAGUGAGUUAAUCUCAAUCAAUUGUCUGAUGUUACAGAGAAUACUGGUUUUGCUUUUCUUUCCUACCAGCAAUUCUACCUGCAUUGGAAUGAUCAAAAGCAAAUCAUCUGAUAACAGAAGCUGUUCGUUUGUACCAUGCCUCUCCUCAAUCAAACAUCUGUCUCAUAAAAUCAAACUGGAGAAUGUCGAUAAAAUAGAAAGAAAAAAAAACCCAAUCUAUGAAUUGAUGAUUGAUACAUUGUGGUCUGUAUAUGCAAACUUUGUGGGUAAAAGAAUGAAUUAAAUCAAAUGAGGUUUUGUUUUUUAAUAUAAGAGCCUGAUCAUUGGUAAGAUGGUGAAGUGACAUUUUUAUCAGCAAGGAAAGAAAAGUCCAGGUGUCAAACUGGGGACUGAGAUUUCUAUUGUCUUAUUCUUACAUUUACAUCCUCCAGAUUCCACAACUCUAUUAAAUGUACAACGUAUACUGUAUGGUGCAGAUCUUAUAGUAGUAUUAAUAUUUGCAUUUGUCAUGUGAGUUGUUUGUCUCUCCCCCCCCCCCCCCAAGUAUUGUGGUUCAGUUUCACAAACUUUUUUUUACCGUUUAAUGAUCCCCUCCCUAUCACCUUUUUCCAAGCCUUUGAUGAGUUAUCUUGCAGAUUGUGAAGCAAACUGAACCAUUUGUGCUUGUGCUUGUUGCUGAGGUCGGUGGAUUACCAUUAUCAGAUCACAGGAGUCAGCGGGGCUACUGUUUUUCAGUUUAUGAUUUAUGUGUGAACUGCAUUGUGUACUAAUGAUGGAGAAAUGUUGUAUGAGCAAUGUCUCUGUCUUGACAAUGCCUGUACAGCAUGAAUGCAAGGCUAAGCUGUCAGGACUCUUAAUGGAUUGAGCGUCUGGACUGAGCGAUGGAAAUUUCGCAGCGAGUUGCUUCUGUUUAUUAAUAUUGCUUGUGAAAAAUAGCUCCUUUGAAAAAUGGAAGGUGCACAAAUAGAAGAAGGAUUUUUGCUCGUCAGGUUGAGUAUUACUUAUGCUGCCGUAUUUUCUUUUUUUCUUUUCUUAAAAGAAACAGGAACAUGUUCUGCUCUGAAUGACUCUAGAGCUUGUUACUUGCAACUCUAGUCAUCGCUUUUCUGGAGACCUUUUUUCUGGCAAUUCCCGAGCUAGUCAAGGUUUUCAGUAUGGGAUUUAUGGUAAAGAGAAAAUAUUUACAUUUGAUCCAUGGUGUGGGCAUGCCUGUUUGUCUGUGAGUGGAUGUGUGUGUUCUAUAGUGUGUGCACAUUUGAGAUGGUGUUGUCAUGCCAUUAGAAAACCACAAAUUUUGUACAGAUGCGACAUGUCAGGUUGUUAACGCCUAGAAUCUCAAUGUACUCAAUGAUAUUGAUAUUUUGUACCACUACAGCUUGUAGUGUUUCUGAAAAGGGUGAAGAAUUCAUUAUAAUGCACAAGAUUAUUUAGCAUCUUCCCAUGUAUCUUUUUUUUAUUAUCUCCUUGUUGCGGAGAGUGUAGGCCUCUACCUGUCCCAUUGUCACACUGUCUAGGAAUUAUUUCCCAAUUCAUGUUUUCUCCCCACAUCAUCCGACUCAUUCCCUACCAGGCUGCUUUCUAUGGCUCGACUUCCCGAUAAGUCACUAGCAGCUUUCCAUUUCUUUGAAAAUUCAACUCCCAGAAUAAUAAAAUCACUUCCAUAUAUAUUUAUUGUUUCUGCUUUUUUUAGAAGAGCAGCUGGAAGAAACCUUAAUCUAUUCAUUGUGUUAGACUUGACAGUCUGGUCAUGUUGAAAAGAUGACUUGGAAAUAAAAGAUUAUUUUAAUAAAUUUUUUCUCAAGAAAAACUUAACUUUUUUUGGAUGAUGGUAGGGAAUGGGUUGAUGACUCGGUGCAAAUGUACAUAGUUUCCUUUUCUGUUCUCCUCUUGACCUUCAACUGUGAUAUGUACAAAACAUCUUUAUAUAUGGGAGGAAAUUCUUUACUACUCCUUAUUUCUUGGCUAGUUUUCCAAUGGUACAUGCAUGUUCUGCACAGUGUUUGAUUCACUGUUGGCCUACUUAUUCUUGGUUGUUUACUGGGAGUGUUAGGCGUGAUCACAGGAAUUUUUAAAAAAUUACAUUUGAAUUCUGAAAUUAAUUGACCAGUGUCUCUUGAUGGCAAGGACAUUUUUUGUAUUAUUCCAGCAGCAUUUGUCUCCAGCACUUGGUCAAUGCUUUUAUGCAACACUCACCUCAUAUGAGAACUUGGUUAAUGAAAUCCCUAAAUAGCAAAAGUUACAAGCGACUGCCACCAAUUUUUAUUCGCUAUUGAAAUUUAAUGAUUUGUCAUUUGUGAGAAAAUAUUGGAAUUAAAAUCAAGUUAUUGAUCACAUAUAUAAGUAGGCUACUACUAGGCUGAAAAGAGAAAAAGGUAGGUGUGCACUUGUGUUGACUCUGACUGAGCUCACAAGAUUUGGAGAAAAUAGAAGUGUUUGGAUUCUUUUCGUCCUUUUUAAAUUUCAUUCAACUAUAUUUGUGAGGGGGAGGGCUGAUUUUGUUCUUGUUAAAAGGGGAUAUUUGUAUUUAUUUUAGUUGGGUAUUUGAUUUUUUUGAACAAAUAAUUUAUAACCUUUCGUCUUCUUGUUAAGAGUGUUGCAUUGUGAGAUCACUUAGUUAAAUUUUUUUUUACCCCAUUUUCCCUUUCCAAUCCAAGCUCAAGGAACUGAACAUGAUUAUCACAUGUAUUUUUUUUCUCCUGCCCUGUCCUUCUUCAUAAUAAAAUGCUAUUAGAUGUGAUUCAUUGACUUCUCUUUUUUUCAAGUGAGCAAAAUAAAGACUUAUUUUUUUCAACAUUUC